AUUUCAGAUGUCUCACCCUGUGCUGCCCAGUGGUGGCUCUUCCAUCCUCCAUGGACUCUGUCAUUUUCUAGAGUUCAGCCUGUCCUUUCAGUUGGUCCAUUCUCUGUUGCUUUCCCAUGAGAAAAAAGAACGGAACUUCGUUGCAAGUUGGAAUUGAUAAUCAUAUGGUUUAUCAGGGGGGACUAGUGUUAUUUGAGGGCCACCAGGCUCCUAUCUCCAAAGUCAGCUUUAUUGUUGCUCCGAGGUUCUCCACUGUUUCAACUUAUUAUCUGAGGAAGUUUUCCAGCUUGUUCUUGUUACUCGCCUUUCUUACAUGAUUCUGUUGAGAGAUGGAUGGUGAAGUGAUAGUUGUGGCGGUUGAUGCAAGUAAGGAGAUCACGGAUUAUGCUCUCGAAUGGGCCGUGCGCAAUCUGACCAAGACUUCGGACUCUGUAUUCCUACUCGUCGUUCUUCCUUCUAAAGCUCAUUCUCCCGCCGGCGCCCACAGGACACAUAAGUCUAAAACUUCGCAGUUUUUCACUCGCUUGCUCAAUAAGUGGGGGCUCGGCCACAAUGAGAAGAUUUCUUCAGAUAACAAGGCCCGGCCACUUGAUGGUGGAGUAGAAACCGAUGUAAACCUGAAGGUGAAAGGUGUUUGUGAGCUUAUGAUGUCGCAUGUAUUUUCAGCUCACAAAAUCAAGCAGGUGCACAGUACAGUCAAAGUCAUAACAGAUGCACGGCCGGGGUCAAUUGCCACUGCAGCUGGAGAGCUUGGAGCAACCUGGGUAGUUCUAGAUACACGGUUGAAGAAAGAGGGCGACGACUGUUUAAAACAAUUGAUGUGCAACAUUGUACUUGUAGACCACGCCAUCCCAAGGAUCCUGAGAGCCGUUAAUCCCCGUGUUCCGAAGAAAGUUAAUACUAAAGAGGAGCAAAAUGACCCCACGGUAGCUGACAUGCUCGGCGUAGUUACUGCAUACAGCUCCAAAGAUAUUAGCAGUCCAGCGACUCAUAGCAGUCUCGGGUUCAGAAGUCCAAAUACUAAGGCAAAAACAGUCUCCUCACUAUCUACCGCAGAGGAGGGCCCCUUCUCCUUGCUCAAUGCUACCACUAGAGAUGUGACGCUGUACAGUUCGCGUAUACAUCUCAAUUCUCAGUGCUUCCACCAGGAGACGAAAAUUCAGGCUCCACUCAAUCCCUCUGUGGAAAAUGCUAAUCAUCAAUUGGUGAGGAAGGAGUCAGACUCCAACAUUGAGGAGACACUUCUUAGAGCAUCAGCUAUUUCUAUGGAGCCAAAAAGGAAAAGCUAUAGUGGUCCUCUGAAGACUAAAAGUGAAAUGGAAAAGGGUAAUAAUCUUAGAGCAACGAACACGGUUCCGGUUCCAGCAAGAAGAUCAGUAGAUUCAUCACGCUUAUGGCCAAAAUCAGCUAGCCCGCAACAGUCAAAAGAGCUGAUCACAAGAAAAGACCCUUCAACUUGCCAUGACAAUCAACCACCAGCAGUCCCUUCUCUAAAUAUUCCGCGAAUAUCGAGUGUCAGGAGAGCCGUGUCUGUCUCAAUUAAACAUCCCCCAACACCUCCACCUCUCUGCUCUGUCUGUAAGCUUAAUGCUCCGCAUUUUGGUAAGGCUCCUAGGAAGUUCAGUUACAAAGAGAUUGAAAGAGCUACCAAUGGAUUCGCAGCAGAAAACUUCUUGGCAGAGGGUGGAUUUGGUCCUGUCUAUAGAGGAGUGUUACCCGAUGGAGAAGUCAUUGCAGUGAAACAGCACAAGUUCUUGAGUGCACAAGGUGCAUCACAGUUCUGUUCCGAAAUCGAAGUGCUGAGCUGUGCACAGCAUAAGAACUUGGUGAUGUUAGUGGGCUAUUGCAUCGAAAAAGAAUGGCUCCUCAUAUACGAGUACGCUUGCAAUGGUUCACUGGACAAGCAUCUGUAUGGAAAAGAGUCAUCUGAGGUGCUGACUUGGCCUAAUCGGAUGAAGGUUGCAAUAGGAGCUGCAAGAGGUUUGAGAUAUCUUCAUGAAGAUUGUCGAGUUGGAUGCAUUAUACAUAGAGACUUCAGGCCCAACAACAUCCUUCUCACCCAUGACUUUGAACCCAUGGUGGGUGAUUUUGGCCUAGCAAGGUGGCAAGCAGAUGGCCAAGCAGCUGAGGAGACGCGGGUUGUUGGUGCAUUUGGGUACUUGGCUCCAGAGUAUACCCAGACUGGGCUCAUAACAGAGAAAGCUGAUGUAUAUGCAUAUGGAAUAGUUCUUUUGGAGCUACUAAGCGGCUUUAAGGCCACCGAGUUCUCAAGAAGUACAGGAAAACAAUUUGUGUCUGAUUGGGGCCUUCCAUUGCUGAAAAGGGGGAUGAUUAAUCGGAUAAUCGAUCCUCAACUGUUAUACAACUAUGUAAAAUGGGAAGUGGAUGCCAUGAUGCAUGCUGCAGAAUUGUGUCUCUCACCAGUGCCAGAACAAAGACCGAGGAUGUCGCAGGUGUUGAAAAUACUGGAUGGAGAUAUGCCUGGUAUGGCUUCUGCUUUACCACAGCAUAUUGCUGAUCACCAAAAGGAAAACGUAGACGCCCAAACCACCUCCAGGGUGACGCAUCAUAAUUUGAAUGAAAAUCCUUCCAGAGUGAGUGAACUAAAACGAAAUGGCCAAGAUACUACAUGCGAGCCGGCAUUGCAUUCGGAUGGUUCUGGAGUGGAAAGAAGUCCUCGUGCUUCAAAUUGUUCUGAGAUGCUCGUAAGCGAAGAAUACCAAGCAUAUUUACAGGGUUCAUUGGCCAAAUUUAUACAGAAUAUGAGGGUACAUUAAUAGUUACAUAAGUAGCUGAACAAGUGAUUAUAUUGGAUGAAUCAGUGUUGAAAAAUUUCUGUAAACAGUAUAGUAAAUGCAUAGAAUCCCACUGAGUAAGAGGCUUAUGCAGAAGCAUCUUCUGACCAGGCAUAUU